GUCUUCUCAGGAGCAACUCGGCAUCGGGUUGUUCCUCCCUAAUGAAGCGGAUUGAAAUGUUCGCGAAACGUCGGAAUCAAACAAAGAAAAAUCCACGCGGCUUAAACCCGGAAACCAAGUCUAACAUAUUGAGAAACGUUUAAAAUAAAGAAAAAAGAGAAAUAGACGGUGUAAGUGAAAGUUGCAUUUCAUUCUACGACAUCGCGUUCGCAAUGGCAAGUUUUACGAGCAGAUUAAUUAUAAUAGUGCUGGCAUUAUCAGCCAUUGUUGAUGCUAGCCGCAUUCUUGGAGUUUUCCCACAUCCAGUCUACAGUCAUCAGUUGGGCUUCCGACAUUUAACCUUAGAACUGGCGCGAAGAGGGCACGAGCUAAUCGUCUUCACGACGGAUCCCAUGAAUGAGCCUAAUCUUCGACUGCAGUACACCGAGGUAGAUCUGCACUAUCUUUAUGAUUACACUAUGAGUAAGAUUGAUUUCUACUCAAAAGCAAAGCUGGGAAUCUGGUCGUUUGUUCAUGAAAUAUAUAAACACAACGAGAACAUUACUGACGGGACGCUAUCGCAUCCCGUGAUGCAACGUCUCAUAUCGCCGAACAGCACCGCGAAGUUCGACCUGAUCAUCGUCCAAAACCUGUUUUACGAUGGGCUUUACGCGUUAUCGAUUCGCUUCAACGCACCGUUAGUUGUAAUCUCGAUGAUGUCAUUGUCGGCUAAUCAUAACUACGCGCUCGGAAAUCCUUUGUUGACGUCUACCUCACCGGAUGUGUUACUGGGCUACGACGAUGAUAUGAACCUAUGGCAACGUUUUGUCAAUCUGUACUAUCAGCUACGUCAGAUAUACGGGUACAAGUAUAUUGUCCUUCCUAUACAAGAACGGAUUAGCAGGAAGCAUUUCGGCGACAGCAUACCACCUAUCCAUCAGCUCAACUCGCGUAUCAGCUUGAUUCUGGUGAACUCACAUCCGUUCUUUACUUACCCUCGCGCAGAUAUACCCGCGAUCGUCUAUAUAGGUGGAUUUCGCGUGGAUCGUCAGAAAAAGAAGUUGCCACAGGAUUUGGAUAAGUUAUUGAACGAUACGAAAGAAGGAUGCAUAUAUUUCAGUUUAGGCACAAAUAUAAAGAGCAAUAUCUUACCCAUCGAUAGGCGCAACAUGCUUCUAAAAACUUUUGCGGCAUUGCCUUACAAGGUAUUAUGGAAGUUUGAGUCCGAUUAUCUCGCAAACAAGCCCGACAAUGUCGAAAUAAGAAAAUGGUUUCCGCAGCAGAAAGUUCUAGCGCAUCCGAACGUACGACUGUUUAUCUCCCAUGGAGGACUAAACAGUAUCGACGAAACGAUAGAGAACGCAGUCCCCGUAAUUGGCUUUCCUGUAUCUAUAGAUCAAAAUUUUAAUAUGAGAAGACUGCAACAUUUUGGAGUAGGGAAGAUCUUGAGUAUAACCGAUGUGAACGAGGAGGAAUUUAGAGAAGCUAUAUUGGAGAUGAUAACAAAUUCCAGUUACAAAGAAAAUAUGGUGAAGCUAAGCAACUUGUUUCGAGAUUUGCCGCACAAGCCGUUGGAUAAUGCCAUCUGGUGGAUCGAACACGUGAUACGUCACAAAGGAGCAUCGCAUCUUCACAACAAGUCGCAAGAUUUAGCUUGGUAUCAAAACCAAAUGUUGGAUGUGAUGGCGAUUGCACUCGGGACAAUCGCGCUUAUUAUAUAUAUUAUCAUAGUAAUUAUUCGUUAUCUAUCAAACAUAUUUCGUUUUUAUUCAAUGCGAGCAAGGACGAAGCAUGAUUCAAAAAAACAAAAUUAACAUUAAUUACAUUAAUUUGACUAUAAUUAAAAGGAUAUAUUAUAUAUAUAUAUUUUUUUUAAUUAUAAUAAAAAAUAUCUUUCUUAUACGAGAGUUAACUAAAAAACAUAAACAUUUUAGCAGAUCUACACGCUGAGUAAUUUGUGAUUUAAAGACCUGAUUCACAUAUAGAAAUAUACAGAGUAAGUCAAUUAUUAUCUUAAAUAUCUUCGAAGCAAGAAACAAGGGUGAUUUUCAGAUUUUCAAAGUUAUUCUACUUUAAAAAAAAAAGUUUCGUACUUAAAAAGUUACGCUUUUUUUUCUAGGAGGAGUAGCUUUAACGAUCUUAAGAAUACUUUUAUUUAUUGCUUCGAAAAUAUUCAAAACGAUAAUAGUUAUUGACUUAAUCUGUAUAAUAGAUAUCUGUACACAAUAGAUACACAAUACAGGAAUAGACCUACACAUAAACAAAUACAUAGAUUAAGCUCUAAUAUAUAGUUACUAAUAUAUAGUUACCACUAUGUGUAUAGAUUCUAGUUCAACUUCUUUAAUAUCUAUUAAUAAUGCUUCGUUCAUUGUAUUUUCCUCUAUCGUAAUCGUUUGCAUGAUGAAAUAAACGCAACAUUUUCAUAAUAAAAUAGUAACGCCAUCACAAUGUUGAACAGUAAAUUAAUAUAAACCAAUAUAUUCUAGAUGCAAUACGGUUGUGCAGCCGAUUGUAAAAGAUCCGUACGACUCACAAAAUCGACUCCUUUUUUUUGUUUUAUGUUGUCGACUCGCGUUGCUUCAGGGUCAAUAUUUCUCUUUUUCUCCUCAGCGCAAUAAAACUGCCGAUUUUUCGUUCUCAAUUUGGCGCACCUAAUAGUAUGUGUAAAUAUAUAUGUAAAUAUAUGUAUAUGUAUAAAUAUAUAUGUAUAUUAGAGUGGUCCUUAUUUACUCUUGGUCAAAAUUUUUUUUCGAAUUUUUCUCGCGGCAUUCUCCAAAAAGAUUCCAUUUGGCGAAAAAGAAAUCCUUGCCAAACUUUUGCUCGAUCGGAUAACGAGAACCCGUGCCCCCGGAUCGUUAAAAAUUGGAGAACCUUUAUAUUAAGUUGUCUGCGUUUUCAAUAUGGU